UUGCGAGAAUUUUUAAAUAAACUUUUUUUUUUAGCAGAGAAAAAGCGUCGUUGGAAAAUUUCUCGGCCUGAAUAUGAGGACAGUAGUAGCAGCAGUGUUGUUACUGUUCGUAUUCGAGAACAUGAACAUGUCGAAAUUCAUGAGCACGGUGAUAAGAAGCCGGAUGAUCAGCAGCAUCCUGCCGUUGCAUCUGAUUUUAAGGAAGAUCUUGCGGAUAUGAAGGAAAAAAUGGAAGAGCUUGAUUAUGAGGAACCGAUGCAAAGCUCUGUUGCUGAAGUUGCGCAAGAAGUGAAAGUACAGCUUCGGAAGAGGCUGAUGAAAAGAAACGAAAAAUGCAGUCACAUGAACGAUAUGCAAGAAGACAAGGUUUGCUUUUUUGUUAUUUUCAUAAUAAGAGCUCUUUUCAAAACUUACGGAUACGCGGAAGCUGACCCUUAUCAUGUCUGUGACCAAGACUGCUCGAACGGUUAG